GCGGACCCGAAAUUGAGAACAGGCUUUAUUGCCAGUAUGGGAGUGCCCAAAACCAGACCCUGAGAUAAAGCCAGACUUGCACUCUCUUACUUCUCGUGUGUUUCCUCAGGUUGAACCAGUCUCUGUGAGAGAACCGUUGAUAAGCUGUAACUUUGAGCUCGAUCGCUUCCCAGUUUCCAGCCACAUUCAGAACGUUCUCGGCAGGCGCCCUGUCAGCGAAUCUUUCUUUCUUUCUUCGAAGUACUGUACUGCCAAUCCAUAGUACUGUACUGCUCAGCUUAGUACUCACAAUGGAACCGCACUUCCUUCUCAGCGUUCUGGGAAUUCUUUUGAUGAGAUCACUCAGCACUUACGCACAAGAAAUCUUUGGGUAUUGUACAACGCCUGAUGAAAACAGCGGCACCUGCAUUAACCUCAGGGAAUGUGGAUACCUUUUCGAACUGCUUCAAAGCGAAGAGGUUACGGACCAGGACCGUCGAUUUCUUCAAAGCAGUCAAUGUGGUUACCGCAAUGGACAAGUGCUUAUUUGCUGUGCAAACAGCCGAAUGCGUACCCAACAACCUCAGUGGGGAAAUCAGCCACAAGUCAGACCGACUCAGGCCACUAAACCUACAACACGCCCCGGAGCCAGCCUGCUACCCAUGGCGCCCAAUUGCGGUGAUGACUUUGCAGACCGCGUGGUGGGUGGUAAGGAAACGGGAAAGAGGGAGUUUCCUUGGAUGGCUCUAAUAGAAUACACUAAGCCCGGCAACGUUAAGGGCCACCACUGCGGCGGAUCUUUAAUCAACAAUCGUUACGUGCUUACGGCGGCACACUGCGUCUCGGCUAUUCCCAGUGAGUGGCAGCUGACGGGAGUACGCCUGGGUGAGUGGGAUGCGAGAACCAAUCCUGAUUGCACAGUCGGCAAAAAUGGACUGCGGGACUGCAACGAACCCUACGUGGACUGCCCUGUUGUGGAGCGUAUUCCGCACCCGCAGUACCCUGGAAACUCCCGUGACCAGUUAAACGACAUAGCUUUGCUGCGAUUGCGGGACGAGGUUCAGUAUAGCGACUUUAUAUUACCAGUUUGUUUGCCCACUUUAGCGUCCCAUCGCAACAAUAUUUUCCUUGGGCGAAAAGUGGUGGUGGCAGGGUGGGGUCGCACGGAAUCUAACUUUACGUCCAAUAUAAAGCUGAAGGCAGAGUUGGAUCCGGUACCGACGUUUGACUGCAACCAACGAUACGCCAGCCAACGAAGGACUGUUACCGCCAAACAAAUGUGCGCUGGCGGAGUGGAAGGUGUUGACUCCUGUCGCGGGGACUCGGGUGGCCCCCUUCUGCUCGAGGAUUAUUCCAAUGGAUACUCAAACUUCUACAUUGCUGGUGUCGUCUCCUACGGACCCACGCCCUGUGGACUAAAAGGAUGGCCUGGAGUGUACACAAGGGUUGAGGCGUAUCUGAACUGGAUAGAAUACAACGUUAGAGCUUAAUCG